AUGUCCAAGCCUGCGAAUUCUCCUACUUUAGUUGAAAGUUUAAACCUUUGUCAUACAGCAUAUUGGAUUCGCGACCCAAACUCGGGGAGAAGUUUGAUCGAUUGGGACAUAUACUUUAUCGAAACUAAUCCUGGAUGCACAAAAGAGGAAGCGCAUCGAUCCUUAAGUCUUGAACUUGGUAUCCUCCUUAAAAAUAUACCAAGAAGGAGUAAUCUUUUUGCCAAGGUGACCACCUUGAAAAAUGCUUUAGAGAAUAGUAACAAUGAUCCUGUAAAUACUUUAUUAUGGGGAAAUUACGGAAAGAUAUCAAUGCUAGCCAUCAUGGAUCGAAUAAAUAAGCGAAAAAUUCGAAGCAUUGCUAUACAAGAGGAAACAGAGCGAUAUAAAUCUGAACAGGAAUAUAUAAGUCAUAGGUUAGAGGGCCGAACUCGUGAAGAUCUCGAAAUCACUAGCAAUGAUUACGCUAGUGAGCCUAAUAUAACACCCAUUCAGGAAGAACCAUCACCAGAGACUGAUUAUUAUGAAUCGAUAAACAAAAAUGAUACGCAAAACA